AGUGUGUCAGGAAGGAGAGCUCAAAUCUCUGCAGUGCAGAACUAAAAGGCUACUUCUCCAAUCAAAAACCAGACGCACUAGUCUUAUCUUAUUUUUAUUUUCCUGCGAAAAACAAGGACUAUACCUUAUAUCUACAAAGUUGACCGGAACAGGAGCCUGGGUCAACGACAACUCGGUAUUAUUUUGUAUUUUUAAUUACAUUUUUUAAGUUAGUUUCUGCUGAAAGGACUGGCGGUUUAGUCUAUGCACUGAUACGAAAGUAUUUCUACCUCCACUUCUCGUCUGUUGACCAGAUCAGAGCCAGUUAGCAGAAGUAGGCGACAUGAAGUAAAUUCCUAUGUCGUUUGCAGUGCCCUAGUCUGAAUGUUUUUUUCCGCUUCUUUUUCGAUUUCUACUUUUUUACCUCUCCGAAUGGUGUUGCAUGCAACAGCACACGAGUCUGCAGCAUUGGAGGAAUAGGAAAAACUACUGCAUGAGACAAGAGAGUGGAGAACAGACGCUUAUUAUUAAGAAGUCUGUUUUUGCGACGCUGGCCAACACCUUCGCCAAUCUGCAGGAAAGUCGUGGCAGCACCAUGAGCGCAGCGCUGAGCAUGGGCCCAGAGCUCCCCAACAGCCCUCUUGCUCUGGAAUACGUCAACGACUUUGACCUAAUGAAGUUUGACGUGAAGAAGGAAGGUCUGACCGGGCUGGAACGCGCCGGGGUGCGCCAGUGUACUCGGCUCCAGCCCCAGGGCUCUGUGUCCUCCACCCCCACCAGCACACCAUGCAGCUCGGUGCCUUCCUCACCCAGCUUCAGCCCCACAGAGCAGAAGAACCAUCUGGAGGAGCUCUACUGGCUGCCAAACGGUGGAUACCACCAGCAGAUCGACCCACAGACGCUGAGUCUGACCCCGGAGGAUGCAGUGGAGGCCCUGAUUGGAGCCACGGCCCAUGGGCACGCCCCGACCCCGCAUGUCCAGCAGCAGCUGCAGCAGAGCAGCUUCGAUGGCUACAGAGGGCCUCACCACCACAACCCCCAUGGCCAACCCCAACAGCACUACCAUCCCUAUGGGGGAGGCAUUCCACACCACCCAGAUGAACUGCCUGGACACCAGGGGGGGCACAGCCACCCACACACCCAGCACCACCACCACAGCCAGGACCCAGACAGCCCGUCCCCCGUCUCACCAGGCUCCCACCAAGCCCUCCACCACCACCAACACGACCACCAGGGACAAAAAGGCUCAGGCAACGUGGAGGACCAAUUCUCUGACGACCAGCUGGUGUCCAUGUCUGUGAGGGAGCUGAACAGGCACCUGCGGGUGUUCACCAAGAACGAGGUCAUCCAUCUCAAGCAGAAGAGGCGGACCCUAAAAAACAGGGGCUACGCACAGUCCUGCCGCUUCAAGCGGGUGCAGCAGAAACACGUGCUGGAGAACGAGAAGACUCAUCUGAUAAACCAGGUGGGAGCACUCAAGGCGGAGAUCAAUCGGCUGGCGCGCGAGAGGGACGCCUACAAACUCAAGUGCGAGAAACUGACCGGAACGGGAGCGAAUAACGGGAUCCGGGAGGCUGGGUCCACAAGGGACAAUCCGUCAUCUCCAGAGUUGUUCAUGUGAGUUGUUAUUAUAGCUGUAUUGACUCACCCCUACCCUACCACCAACUGUUGCUGACGAACAAACAAUAAUAAUCACAUACGCCGUCAUAUUGACUAUACUCAUGACAGCAACUAUAUUCAUAUAAGAAUAAUGAUCCAUCAAAUAGUAAUAGUCGCAUAUGUAACCAUCUCUCUCCAUCCACGUGACAACAGAGAUACAAUGAACAAGGCAGACUGUUUGGUCACCGCUGCAUCUUUGUAGAUUAGUUGCUUGUAGUGAAGAUACUUUUUCCCCCGUCUUCCUGCGAGAAGAGAGAAACGGCGGGUGAACUUUCCUUUUUUCAGGCUACUGCUUUUACUGUGUCUGUUCGUGGGAUGACCGACCGGCGUGUAGGCCUACACAACAAACAACGCAGAGUUUUGAGACUCACAUUUGACACUGGGCCUGAAAAAAGAAAAGAAUUGUAAAAACAAGACUCCACAUUAUGCAAUCUUGAAAUCGGUCUACUUAUCCCGCAAAGGGGGACAUUGUAUGCAACAUCCCAUUGGUUGCCUGCUUGGUUAUUUUCGAAUAUAUAUUGAAACAAAAAUCUCGUAAAAAUAUUAAUCCUGCAUGCUGGACAUGUACGGUAAUAAUUUAUAUUUUGUACUACUUAAUAAGAGCAUGUCGUUGAUCUGCGCUUCUACAUAGCGUUGUUGGGUUUAGAUGAGAGGAAAGGGGACAGUACAGCAGGGCUGCCUGUGCAGUAUCAUGGUGUUCUGUAGCCUUGUAAAUAUUACGCAACGCAAAACUGCACACCAUGAUUGAAGAGGCUGGUUUGAACUUUCCUUUCUUUCUUUGAGUUUUCUUUUCUUCGUGUUUUUGUUUGAGUUUCAUUCUGUGCGUAUUGUUUCGGGAGAUAUGGCCAUUUUGCAGUUGCAUUUAAAGAUAAAAAAAACUGUAUAAUAAGUGCACUUUAUGGAUAAUGGCUUGUUUUAAGUUUUCAUUUUGAGUUUUGUGCAGACGCCCUUAAAAGACAUUCUAUGAUUAUUGAUUGUUCUAUUAUAAUAAUAAAGACAAGAUAGAUGCAAGCUUAAUGAUAACCAUAUGACACAAUGUGAUGUAUUGUGCGAAACUGUAAAAAACAAACGCCUCGCUAGAAUAUCAGAUGAGUGAGUACUUUGCGCAUAACAUUUAAGCACCAUAACUUUAGUUAUUCUCUCUCCUCGGAUGUAUAUAGGCUACAGUAGAAAAAUACUUUUAUUCCAUUUCAUUUCAAUGUGGUGCUGUAGUCAGAUUUUUUUCUGCACCAGAAAUGCCGUUCUGUUAACUAUUGCCUAACCCUAAUGUGUAGAACAAAUGUAGCAGGAGAGUCAUUUCAUUGAAACUUGAUUUAAGUAUUUUAUUGGGUGCAGCUGCAUCGCGUUAACAGUCAUAACAGGCCUACUAUAGACAUAUUUUGUACUUUUCCAUUUUUUAAUAAAGUGUCUCAAACAUGCUCAAUAAUGUUGACCAAAUGAGGGGUUUUAUGUACAAUUAACAAGUAUUUGGAUUGCGCAUGCGUUUCGGGAAUACGACGUUGAAAUAUAUUACUGCUAUGUUUUCCCCCAAAAUAUUCUGCCGGUCAGUAAAAAAAGGGAUUCAGGUUGUGCAAAAUCUCAAAAUGAAAACUGUUGUGUAUGUUAUAUGAUAUUAUCCUUUCGUCUAUUUAAUGAUUAUUAUUCGGUGAUUCUGGUUCUGCUGGCCAGAUGCAUAGUUAAAGUUGUAAUUUGAAUGAUUAAAAUGAACAAACUGUCAGAUCAUAUUGAAUAAGCAUGGCGCUUGCAUUUAAACACUAUUGUUGAAAAGUCAUGCAUUUAACAAUCUCUUGGUUUGUUACUGAUUCAACUGUGUUGAAAUCAAAUUGAAACCGCAGGAGCGGGUUGUUUUGUUUUUCAUUUCCUGUAUUUUGCGAUGAUGAUGGGGAUCAAUUUUCAAUCCGGUUUAUAUAAAUACGUUUUUUUUUUUUUUUAAAUAUCUUACAUUUGAACUGUUGUAGUUCCAUUCAGGCUGGUUUCUGUUUCGUCUUAUUUGUAUUGUUUUUGGAAGAAAUGGUUUCCUAUUUUGCUUAUUAAAGUCAUUGAAAUGGCA